GGUCAACGUUUCUUUUCGGCGACGCUCUGAUCCAAUCUUUCUGCAUUAAACCUCCUUUGCCUUUUUACCUUCACCUGCACUUUUACCUCGUUACCCUCAAUCAUCUCUGGUUUAACGUCCACUCAACCACCCUCUCCAAGCAUUCGCGACGUUUCUUAACAACCCAGAUUUGUUUUCCAUAAUCUCUCAUUUCCUUUAAACGCGGGUUUACGGGGGGGUUUCGCAUGCUUUUUCCUCGGUAUAAUCACCACUUCUCUUUUCCUGCAUAAUCACCCGAUAUUUCAACCCAAAUCUUAACGAAUAAGGAAGACGCGCUUCUUGAACACGCAUCAACGCAUACCUUACAAGUAACUGGCGACUCAAUACACGAAUACAUCGUCGCCGAUAUCUGGGUUGGUGUUGGAGCUAUUUGGUCGAGCAGCCUCAAGUUUGCAAUCAAGCUUGAUCAAGAUCAAUAUGGCUCCUCAAGAUAGCUUCAUCGAUGAUGAAGAGGAUACCUGCCCUCUGUGCAUAGAAGAGUUCGAUCUUUCCGACAGAAACUUUAGGCCGUGUCCCUGCGGAUAUCAAAUCUGCCAGUUCUGCUACAACAAUCUAAAAAACAACCUGAACGGAUUAUGUCCUGCAUGUCGACGACCAUACGACGAAAAAGACAUCAAGUGGAAGGUGGUUACUCAUGAAGAGGAGGCGGAGUUUCGAGCAAACAUUCAGAAGAACCAGAAGAAGCGAGCAACGGAGCAACGUCAAAAAGAAGUUCAGAAGCGCGAAGCCGAAAAAGAAAGCCGCAAGAAUCUUCAAGGUGUCCGUGUUGUACAAAAGAACCUUGUUUACGUCACAGGUCUAACACCUACUGUACGCGAAGAUGAGCUACUGAAGACUCUUCGCAAGCCUGAGUUCUUUGGCCAGUAUGGUAACAUCCAGAAGAUUUCGAUUAGUAACCGCAAGUCUGCCGAUGGACAACCUCAGUCACUAGGUAUUUACGUAACGUUCGAGAAGAAGGAUGAUGCUGCUAGAUGCAUACAAGCUGUACACGGCUCGCAGAACGGCGACCGUAUUCUGAAAGCGCAGCUAGGAACGACCAAGUACUGUUCGGCGUGGCUUAGGCAUGAACAGUGCGGAAAUCGACAAUGCAUGUUCCUUCACGAGCUUGGCGACGAAGAGGACAGUUACUCCCGGCAGGACCUCUCAUCCCUAAACAGUGUUCAUACUCAGCGACCCCUCUCGAAUAAUGCGUCGUCGUCGUCACGUUCCGCAUCGCGACAACAGGCCCCAUCACAUCCGCCGCCCGUCGGAUCACAAUCCAUGGUUCGCACCUCCAGUAAAGAAGGCUCAGAUGCUGGCGAUGGCCCGGCUCUACCAGCCUCGGCGAAUUGGGCACGUACCACUCAGCAGCGAAGUAGGAGAGGAAGUCAUGCUACUAGCGGUGCUGCUUCAAGUCCUGCUAUAUCUACGUCGUUACCUGUUACCAGUGAAGCCUCCCAAGAGGCAAAUGAAUCUGCAGUGGUUAUAGAACCGCCUCCUUCUACUUCUACUUCCACCUCCACUUCUCGGAAAGCUGAGAAACAACCAGCAGCUGAGACGUCUGCUAAGAACUUGCCUGCUCCUGCUCCUGCUCCUGCUCCUGCUCCUGUUCCUACUACUGUCAAAUCAUCAAGUGAAGACGAUAUACCCGAUUUCAGCAUUAUUCUAAAGCAUCUGUCCGAAUACCCGGAAAGUGCCUUCGCACCAAUCAAGGAUGCUGGCGAUGACUACCCCCCUUUAUUUGACGUCAACGGGGGUAAACGAAGACGAGCUAUGAGAGACGAAGAAGAGAAUCGUCUAGGCGAGCAUGAUGAGCAGGUCGAUAACCUUGAGCCUUCCGAAGGUGAACCGGAGAGUGGUAGUCUCGCUCUAGGCGGUGAACCUGAAGACAGAGACCAGGGUCGUAAUAGUGGUCGCUUCGACCAGAGACGCAAUCCGGCGCAGCCCCCGAUCCAGCGAACGAACACAAGCGACUUGUUCGGACCAACUCUAUCUGGAUAUGGUGCAGCUGCCUCGGCCGUCGGUUCCGGCGGAGGCCGUACUAUUACGCCACAAUUAUUUGUUCGGCCUCAGAAUAGCUUUGCCGAUCAGAUGCCGCCUGGUAUCUUACCACAGUCGUCUUCUCUCUUCCAAGGUCAGGGUCAUAGUCGCCAGCAAUCCAGAUUCAGUUUUGCGAAUGAGAAUAACUCAAGCUCGAUCAACGUGAAGUCGACUGGUGAUCCAAGAUACAUGGCUCAGCAAUCAUCGAUGAUGCCCUCCGCGUAUCGUUCGCAGCCAGGCAAUCAGCUAUAUCCUUCAUCUAUACCAGGGCCACCGCCAGGACUUAAGUCAGCUGGAUCAACGCCUGUUAAUGGUGGAAUGUUCGGUCAGGGAAAUUCGUUUGGGGGAUCAGUGUUUGGUGUAGGAUCCAAGGACACUUCGAGUGAGCUACUCCAGUCCAUCAUCCGUGGAAGAGGUGCGGGUAGCACCCAGGCCCACGAGGCGGCAAAGCUAGAUCUUGCGGACCCGAGUAUUUUGCAGGCGAGAAUGCAACACCAGCAACAGGGAACCAGUACCGGAGUCGGACAGGGGCUGUAUGGUGGACAAAACCAAGACGAUGACCUCUUACCUCUCGACGAGGCAUCCUCGUCCGUGGAUGCUCUCGUUGCCGAUGAUGACGACCCGGAAAUUUCUCGACUGUCGUUUCUAUCGGAUGAAGGAAGGGUGCCGUCCGUCCCCCCGGGACUCGGUCUUAGUCAUGCGCAUCCUCCCGCACCCAUCGCACCUAUCGCACCCCUCGCCGAGAGGAGUUCGACUCCUGUCCCGCACGGCCAGGGGAGUCAGAUUUUGAUAUCAUCAAAAUCACCUGCUAUUCCGCGGCCCGUAACCCCAUUAAUUACAAGAACUAUUCCAAAGUAUGUCACUUCGAGUAAGGUAGAAAAAAUUGCUGCUGGUGGAAUAGAAGCGAAGAAGAGUAUUAAGGAGCUUAUCGCGAAAAAUCAUGUGGCAAACGAUCUUGCAGCUCAGUUGUCGAAGUUAUCGAAGGGUAAGGGUGUUCUCCAGGAAGAGGACUUUCCAGCUCUCGACUCUGUCAAAAUUAGCUCGCCUCCGAGGAUUACUCCAAUUUUACCUUCGAAGCCAUCAUCAUCUACUAAGACGCCACAGGGCAAGAGGGUCACUAGCAGCGCGGCAAGCCAGGCGCUAUCAGCAAAACCUACAACUAGUAAAUCUGACAAGCGUCCAGUUCCUGGCAUACUUGACAUCGCGGCGGCCACGAAAACUGUUCCACAGACUAGUGUCAGUGAAACUUUUACAACUAGUGGAACAGAUAAAUUGGCUGGUCAAGUUCCUAACAGUGCUACCCAGCCUCAGAAACCCCAAGGAGCUUUUACCUUGCCCACUCCCACGCCUACCACGGCAUCCAUAUCUUCCCCCUUGGCGAAGGUUGCUCCGAAGACUCUUCGUCUCGUCCAUACCCCUAAGACGGAAGCACCACCUAUUCAUAUACCCCCUGCGGCUGUUGCGUCAAUUCGAGCUGCUGGAAUAACAGGUUCUGCCCACAGACCCGCAACACCGGCUAGUGAGAUCAUAUCAGACACUGCAUCUAUAGUUAGUAAUUCUGUGUCCGUGUCUCGAACAAGCUCUCCGCCACCCUCAAAGCUUGGCUCUGCACCUGUGCGCAUAACUACGAAGAGUCAGCAGCGCAAACAACGCAAAGAAGCUUCGAAGGAAGCCGCUGCACAGAUUGCUGAGUCAAAGCCAGUCGAGAAAGAAGUAGAGAUCGCGCCCAUUCUUGGAAGAAAGAAGAAGCAGAAGAAGGAAAAGAAGAUGACCACUGCGAGUCGUCCGGAAACGCCUAGCGGUACAGAGCCGCAGGCAGAAUUCUCGGCGUUGAGGAAUGCUCCUACUCCAAUUCCCGAAGAUAUGGGCGAAAAGACCAAUAGAGGCACUAGAAGCUCUUCCUUAGCCGAGUCACCCAAAAUCGGCGUGCAAAAGAACAAGGCGACGAAGAGUCCCCCUAGAAGCCCGGUAGCCAUUGACACUUCUAUUAAAUUGAACGAGUCAACAAAGACUACGGUUUUGACUCCCGACUACGUUGGUCAUUCUUCGGAACCUAAGCCGGAACAGCCAAUGGACGAUGAUGUGGGUGAAGUUCCUCACCUUCGUGAUGUAUUUCGAGAUCUCGUGGACGACGGCAGCCUUCGCGACGAGGAAUCAAUCAGCUUUUUCAAGCCCGCGCAAGGCUACCGCUCAGAGUUCAUUGGCAACGUUGAUAUCCCAUCGACCCUUGCACCUACGCUGAAGGCAAUUGUCACCAAAGAGGACGAGGACAAGCUUAAUGCAUUCCAGUAUGUCAGAAAAGUAGUGAACGAGCACACCGUGCUCCUAACUCCCAACGGGGACUACCUUCUAAACUUGACCGAUGACGAGGCCGAGCUAUUCAUUCAGCUUCAGGAUCGCAUCAGGAUGGAGAGCGCACUCCCGACAACAUUUUCAGCACCUCGCCAUACGCCUGCAACGGGAUUCAGCCUUGUUAAGAAUCGCGCGGUCCCUAACGGAACGCCGUCGUAUUUCCCAGCUGGGCCAGACAACUACCCUAGCGACCCGGUAGGCAAGAUGCACCGGGAAGAAGCAAUUAGUUGUAUUAACCAGAACGUGAACCUCCAGCAACUUGCGCCGUGGAUAUGUCCCCCAGGAGAGAACCCCGAAGACCGCAGUAAGAUGUUCUCCGGUAGGCCCGGCGACGAGUUCAACGGCGACGGCGUGUACGGGUGCCAGGAUAACGUUAACGGCGGCCCAUCCCCAUCGAUCGGCAGCGCGCCGCUGAUGACUGUCGAAGACGCCGAGGCGGCGCUUACGGCGGCGAGAAAGCAACACGAGGUGCUCGAUAAGAAGUUCAGACAGCUGCAGACUAAGAAUAGGCGCCUGGUGGGACUACAUUGACUGCCUGAUAGUGCUCGAGGGGACGUCGCGACGUACGUUGUUGUUGCGGCGAUGUGGGUUAUGGGUGCCGUGUCCGCGGCGGUGCUAAGUCUAGCGAGGUUUGUCCUUGGUGUGGCGUUAGGGACGGACGUGGGGGAUCUCGGCGUUUACGUCUUUGCGCGGGAUUAGGGGGGUGGUAUAUUUUAUGGGUUGGUGGUUUGCUUAUUACGAGAGCUGGGGGUCUACGGGAUUAGGGUGUGGACUUGGUGUUACGAUAUUUGUACGAGUACCAGUCAGUGUACGAGUGAGUCCCGGUUUGCGUGAUAGCAUCGCAACUCAACAUGGUCACGACGACCGAACAUGGUGGAGGGAUUGAUGAUGACCGGCUUCGGCUCCAUCACGGCGUUAGGUAUUAAGGAAGGGUGGCAUUCGUUUAUUGCAUGAGAAUUGAUGCGCGAGCAUAAGCAUGGUUUGUGUGUACUAAGCUAUUAAAUCGGCAGUACCUACUUCAGUAUUAGGGAGUAGGGGUACAUAGGCAUGGCCAUGGUUAUGGCUAUAGCUGUUGUAGCUGCUACGUAUAUGAACUACGCUGAUUUAUUAUCGAUGUGCUUGGCUUUUUUGUUGGGUAUUUGCUUGAGGUUGUGAUAUGAUGGCAGUUUUUGGGAUAAAAAUGUCUCGAUCGUAGUUCUUGU